GCGGCGGCGCGGAGCGGCCCGGGGCCGGGGGGCUCCUGCCGCCCGCGCUCCGCCAGCACCGCCGCAGGGAGAACCGCGAGCGGCUGUCGGUGUGCAGCAAGCUGUGCUACGCCGUCGGGGGGGCUCCGUACCAGAUCACGGGCUGCGCCCUCGGCUUCUUCCUCCAGAUCUACCUCCUGGACGUGGCACAGGUGGACGCUUUCUAUGCCUCCAUCAUCCUGUUUGCGGGGCGAGUGUGGGAUGCCAUCACGGACCCCAUGGUGGGAUUCUUCAUCAGCAAAACUUCCUGGACCCGCUUCGGCCGCCUGAUGCCCUGGAUCAUGUUCUCCACCCCUUUUGCCAUCAUCUCCUACUUCCUCAUCUGGUUUGUGCCAGACAUCUCCACAGGACAAGUGAUGUGGUAUCUUGUCUUCUACUGUGCCUUCCAGACCCUCGUGACGUGCUUCCACGUGCCUUACUCAGCACUCACCAUGUUCAUCAGCAGGGAGCAGAGCGAGCGGGACUCGGCCACUGCCUACCGAAUGACCGUGGAGGUUCUGGGCACCGUGCUGGGCACUGCCAUCCAGGGCCAGAUCGUUGGCAAAGUGGACACUCCCUGCGUGGGGAGCCCCUUCUUCUUCGGCUUGACCAACUCCUCGGUGGCCAUGGAGGAGCUGAACAUGACCCACGACACCGGGUCUCUCACAGACACUAGAAAUGCCUACAUGAUCGCUGCGGGGGUCAUCGGGGGGCUCUACAUGCUCUGUGCCCUCAUCCUGCUGCUGGGCGUGAGGGAGAGGAGAGAGUCCUGUGAGCUGCAGUCGGACGAGCCUGUCUCCUUCUUCCAGGGGCUGAAGCUGGUGAUGAAUCAUGGGCCCUACAUCAAGCUCAUCGCUGGCUUCCUCUUCACCUCUCUGGCCUUCAUGCUGCUGGAGGGAAACUUUGCCCUCUUCUGCACCUACACCCUGGGCUUCCGCAACGAGUUCCAGAACAUUCUCCUGGCCAUCAUGCUCUCGGCCACCUUGACCAUUCCCUUCUGGCAGUGGUUCCUGACCCGUUUUGGGAAGAAGACAGCUGUCUACGUGGGCAUCUCAGUCCAUGCUGCCAGAUGUCAUCGACGACUUCAAGCUGCAGCACCCCAGCUCCCGUGGCCACGAGGCCAUCUUCUUCUCCUUCUAUGUCUUCUUCACCAAGUUCACUGCUGGGGUCUCCCUGGGCAUCUCCACGCUCAGCCUGGACUUCGCAGGGUACCAGACCCGGGGCUGCUCCCAGCCUGGCCAGGUGAACUUCACCCUGAAGAUGUUGGUGUCCGCUGUGCCCGUGGGGCUGAUCCUGCUGAGCCUGCUGCUGUUCAAGCUCUACCCCAUCGACGAGGAGAAGAGGAGCAAAAACAAGAAAGCCCUGCAGGAUUUAAGGGAGGAGAGCAACAGCAGCUCGGAGUCGGACAACACAGAGCUGGCCAGCAUCGUGUGACCCAGGCUGGGUGUGCUGCUCACGCUGGGGCUCCCCAGGGGCUCGUCCCCCCCGGGCUGGCCCAGCCUGGUGGCCCUGGAGGUGCUGGAGGAGCCGUGGGGAGCAUCCACUGCCUCCAACUCGGGAUCUGUGCCCGUCCCGUGGCUUGCACGGGGCCCACAGAGCGCUGGUAGUGUACAUUACACACGUGGUGCUGCCUCACCAGGGACAAGCACUCUCCCUGCCAGGCUCUGGAGGGCAGGGAAGCCCGGGCUGGCAUGGUUUUGCCUGGAUCAGCCGUGCCCAGUGCCCUGCCUGGAGUUGAUUGUUAGUGUACAUUACACUGUCAGUGUGCCCGCGCCCAGGACGUGAGCUCACCUCUGCUGUCUCUACAGAGGGCACUAAUGUGGGACCUGUGCUUUUUUUACACAGCCUAAUUAACUUAAUGAUGUAAAUAUGGAGCCGUUUGCUGUUUGUAUAUAUCUGUACAGAACCCAAACCCGAGGACCUGUUAAUAUUAAUUUACAUAAAAGUGGGGGA